UCUCGUGUUGGUGCUCCAGACAAUCCAUUGCUUUCUGGUGCUAAUCUUUCAACUAGUAUUGCAGUUGCUUUUGGUUCAGAAGGCGAUAGAGCUUUGGCAAAUGCACAACGAAAAUUAAUUAGUUCUUCUGAUCGUCAGAUGACUCAAGCAUUAAUGUUGAUAAGAGAAAUGAGUGAAAAAAUUAGUUUGCCAAGAAGUAUUCAAGAUAGAGCUGCUAAACGUUUCAAGGAAGCUUGUUUAUACAUUGCUUGUCGCGAAGAAGGAGUGCCGCGUACAUUUAAAGAAAUUUGUGCCGUCUCAAAAGUUUCAAAAAAAGAAAUUGGUCGUUGUUUCCGGUUAAUUACCAAAACACUUGAAACAAAUUUGGAUUUAAUUACGAGUGCUGAUUUUAUGUCACGUUUCUGUGGAAAUUUAAGUUUGCCAUAUCCUGUUCAAGUAGCGGCUACAAGAGUUGCUAAAAAGGCUGUAGAAUUAGAUUUGGUUGCCGGUCGAAGUCCAAUUUCAAUUGCUGCUGCCGCUAUUUAUAUGGCUUCACAAGCUAGUGCUGAAAAACGAACAGCUAAAGAAAUUGGAGAAAUUGCCGGUGUUGCUGAAGAUACAAUUAGGCAAACUUAUCGCCUUUUAUUGCCAAAAGCAGCAGAAUUAUUCCCAGCUGAAUUUCGUUUUGAUACACCCGUUGAUCAUUUGCCACGCGGUUAG